AUGAAACUAUUUUCUUUCUGCUCCAGGCUGUUUGUGGUUAAAUCCAAGGAACUGGUGCAAUAUCAGCUCAUGGAGGGGAGCAAGGACAUGCAAGAGUCAGGCACUGAACCUGUUGUUAAAGUACCCAGGGAGCCUGCCAUCAUUAUCAAUGGUGUCCCAGACUUGCCUCCUGAAUUCACAUCUGGCUCACAACUUGCAGUAAGAGAUGUUCCGCGAUCUCGAGUCGAUCAUCGCUUUGGGGAAUGGCUAGAAGAGCGGAAAGUGAGAAAGCGGUUUGGAGACAUAUACUAUGUAGGGAAAGUUGUCAAGUAUGACAGUCAAAGAAAUUGGUACACCGUUGUCUAUCAAGAUGGAGACCAGGAAGAUCUUGAGUGGCAUGAACUGGAUGAGAUCCUGCUACCAUUGGACAUAACCAUUCCGCUCAACACACUUGUGAUGGAGAAAUUCAAACAUCAGAAUGGCGUUCCCAACUACAGAACUAAGGUGGCUAGACCAAGAACUAAUGUUGCUGGCAAUCAGAUGGUGGUUAGAGCGGUAAAUGGCCAACAGUCAAAUAAUCUAGCACUCCCAGGGUUGGUUCAGGCGUCAGCAUCAGCUGGAGAAAAUGCUUUAGUAUGUCUGAAACCUAGCGAUCAACCUAAGAAAAGGGGCAGGCCUCGAAAGGAUAAAAGUACAUCAGGUGAGAUUGCAAAACAAGGAAGUACAUCAGGUGAUAUUCAACCUAAAAAAAGAGGCAGACCUCCAAAAGAACCUGGAGAGAAGAGUAUUGAUAGGCGCAAGUUAGAGACUGUCAGGGCAGAGAAACUGAAGAGAGAAAGCAUGCUUCUGCGAGGGGCACCACCUGGAAGUCAGUAA